AGUCGGCAACUCUUUUGGCAACUCUAAUUUCCAACUUACUAUCUAUCACAGAAACUGGGGUGGACAUUUUAGUUAUUUUGUUGAGAUAACAGAUAUUUGUGGUUGCUUUAGGGGUGAUCUACGGCAAAUGGACUGAGAUUUGAGAGGGAUACCAAAGAACACACAGUCCCCCCCCACCCCGAAAGCAAUCGCGAACAGACCAACCAAGGGGGCCCCGCUUCCUCUAACUCGCACUGGGACGGCCCUGGUUGUUAUACAUGUAGUAAUGGGCCAAACUGUCACAAUUCUUCUCAAAGUAAAUGGAUUUGUUACAAAUUGACUGGAAAAACUCCUGUCAGUCAGAUAUCAACCACUUUUCUUUUGUUAGAAAUUCGUAAAAAAAAAAAAAAUGAAUUACCAAAAUGUUGGAGAAAAAAAACAGUUUGAAGUUCAAACUCUCUCUAGGUUUAUUACAAGAUUAGAAGCGUAUGUCCUGUGAUGGUUCAUUAUUGCGUUUACAUGAAACCCAACAGUGCUGUUUUCAAUCGAGUUAUAGAGCAGUUUUUUCUUUUACAAUGUGUAUUGACACAGAUAUGUCAUGUUUCACACAAUAAUGUGAGUGAUAUUUCCUAUCCGACACUCUCAAUAUUGAGACUAUUGUAGAAGGAGCCUCCUUUUGGAGUGAGACCAUGACAGGAUAUAUUAUAAUGUGUCUCCUGCAAGUCUGUCAUUGUGAAAGCAAUACUUCACUGCACCCAGCUGCUUCCCAUGAGGAAGUGUUUUAUGAGAACCAUAUUAGAGCAACACACAUCCCCACUUCUAUAAUAUUUCUGCGUUUCGCUGCCGUGCAAAGUGAUCAUUGAUUUAGCACAUAUUUAUCUGCUCAAGGACACCAGAUACAUUUGGAGUGGUGGAGGGGAACAUUUUCAGCUGGCCCUGUAAGCCAUUAAGCACAGUAGAUGCUUUCAGUUGGCUUCUGUCUCUCAUGAUCAAUGACUCUGUUUUAGGGUCUGGUAGCGGCAAUACCCCAUUUAUGUAUUAGCAGCGGGUCCACCCUUAACCCGAGGAUAUAUGUCUGAUACAAAACCACCUGUAAUUAUAAUCUUCAUGCAAGACCAACUUCCUUCAGUGCAUUUCCCAAGCCAGAAAAAACACGAGAUGAACCACAAAAUGGAAAGCCAGUGACCUAAAAUACUCUGGCACUUCUGGAGAUUCAAAAGGGAACUCGGGCCUUUUGUUGUUUCAGCUGGAACACUUGUCCCCACAUCUUGUUUAUGAAAAAACUGGAACGACUGAUGUCGAAGUCCUUUGAACGUUUGAUUCAGAUGAAUGGGUGUCAGAUGGCCUUGCUUAUAAUGGUCCAGAUGAUCUCAUUCUUGAACGGGGACAUCAAGAAAGUUACAUCAUGUAAUAAUGUUUAGGCAUCAUCACAAACAUUCAGUCUGUCCUCUCAGGACCGGAUUCAAUCAGCGUAACCUUCAUAGAGUGUUUUUCAGAGGAGCACGAGCGAUGGCAUAAAAUCAGAACUCAAAAAAUGGAUUCAUGUGUCUUUGGAUCCAUUCUCUAAUCCUGUAGUUACUAUUUGUUCUAUUUGUAGCAGAGCGAUAUUAAUUUUUGCAGUUCUUGACCUCCUUGACUGUAAGGAAUAAUGGAAAUCAUACAGCAGUGUCAAAAUUGCUAUUCAUUAAAUAGUCUAUUAAAUUAAUAUUCAGUGAAUUUUGGCAAAAAUCUUUGGUAACAUUUUAUUUUACAGUGUCCUUUUUACAUAUGUUCAUGUAUUUACUGUAGUCAUAACAGUAAAUUAUGCAUAAUUACAUGCAACUAACAAAACCCUAUUCCUAAUACUAACCCUAUAGUAAAUACAUGUUGUUAUCUAUCUAUCUAGCUAGCUAGCUAGCUAGCUAUUAACAGCUCAUGACUUAGCUUGACACUCAGCUUUUUCUGAAAGUAAGUGCUUUCACAGAGAUUAAGAGGGUUUCUCAAAUACAGUUCAGAUGCUCGUAUGUUUCUUUCAAAUAGAGUAUAUAGACUUUAAAGAAUAUGAGCAGAAAUUGCUGGCUUUUAUUUUGAAACCUCGUGCAGCCGGUAGGCGGAAGUAAAGGUCUAUGUUUUCUUGUGCUCGUGUUGAUGGCAGCCUCCAGUGACAACAUGGAGAACAUAAACAGCGCGCUCUGUGAAAUAUCCAAAGAAAAACUUACAAAUACCCAUCUUACAACUUUGCAAACUGUGACGAAAGCUUUACGGGAUGAGCAGCUCAGGUACCACAAAAUGAAUGGAAAUAAACAGUGUUGACAGGGAGGCUCUUGGAAACCUCUAUGCAGUGCUGUCAAGACUUUAUGUGGAUUUUCAUCAUUUGAUGGAGAUGGAUUCACAGGAAGAAGGAUCUCUGUGCUAUAAACUUACCGCAGAGUGUUUCAGAGCGCACAGAAAUGCCUGUGUGCAGUGCACUCAAAACCAGUGCUGUCUGAGAGAUCUAGGCUCUAUCAAGCUAUCGUUUGAGAUUUUGGCCAAACUCCUGAAGAUUUCGUCAGGAGGUUCAAAUGACAUUUAUGAUGCACUUCGAUGUGGUGUUCAGUUUCUUGGUAACAUUGCCGUUGGAAACCAGCUCUGCAAAGAUGACAUCUGGGAGCUUGGUUUCCCGCACAUCUUUCGGGACCUUUUGGAGCUCCCAGAUGAGAAAGCGGUUUCAUACACGUGUAUGGUGAUCCACACUUGUCUGGAUGAACACAAGACAGAGCAGCUAGUUAAAGACACACAGCAACUUAAAUUAUCCCUGAAGAUCAUGGAUUUGUGCAGGAGCUUGCCUGAUGUGGACUGGACGAUCUUUAUUGCCACACAACAUUUCCUCAAGUCAUCAGAGCUUAUUAGGAAAAUGUACACCGAAAUGACCAAUGAUGCAAGGCUCACACUAUUGGAGCUGAUAUUAGCACAGCUUGGUGUUGCUGAGAAGGAGAAGGACUGUUUAAUGCCUUUGAGUGUAGCUCAGUUCUUGGCUUCCUGCUUCACUGAUCACUGCAGAGCUGUUCUCACUCUGAGCUCUGAAUCAUCAGAUGACCAGGCGGCUAUGGUCGUCAUCAGGCUUCUAGACAUCCUUUGCGAGAUGACCUCUGACUGCAAAGAGUUUAUGGCCCUGCAGGAUCACGCUGGCCUUCUGAGCACAACAGUCGAUCUCUUGAAAGAAGUCCACUUAUUAGGCAAAACCAGUAAAAAUGUGUUCACUGCAGCACACGAUUUCUCCUUGACAAGGCCAGGGGGCGCCGACACCCACCCUGUGUUCGGUUUCAAAGCUCAGCUCAUUCGACUCAUUGGUAACCUGUGUCACAGCCACAUUGUCAACCAGGACAAGGUAAGAGAACUGGACGGUAUAGCUCUCAUUCUGGACAACUGCAGCAUUGACAGCAACAACCCCUUCAUAAGCCAGUGGGCCGUGUUUGCCAUCCGGAACAUCCUGGAACACAACCUAGAGAAUCAGAAGCUGAUACAAGGCCUUCGGAGACAAGGUGUUGCAGAUGACACAAUGCUCAGGGACAUGGGCUUCAGAGUGGAAGAAAGGGAUGGCAAUCUACUCCUUAGACCCCUAAAGAAGGACCCAUAGUUGAUUAAGUGGAGCUGGGAGACUGCUAUCCCAGGACGCCCAUCCCCACACCCCUUUACUAUGCUAUAUUACACUCUGGAGAUGGCUUAAAAUGCCCAAAAAACACACUGGGGUCAUUAAAUAUCCAAUCAGUAGUUGGGAGCGCAAGGGGGUGGUCUGGGCUUUGUGUUCUCCACACAAGAGGAAAUCAAUCAGAGGAGCUUAUCUCAGAGAACUCAUGCUGAUGUCUGUGAUGCAUUUAGUGGUCUUUGAUUCCAACCCCCCCAAAGUGGGAUUCAAAUCCUAUGAAACAAGGAGAACCGUGUCUUCCUGGCUUUUCAGCCACUAAAGAGACUCUGGUGACCAACAGGGAGUAGAGGUUAAUCCCUAAUUCAGUGCAUUUUAUAGAGGACCAGGCUGCCUCUUGAUCUGUACACAUAAAGUUUGCCUCUGAAUAGCCGUGAGACUCAGAUCCUUCUUUUUGAAAGCUCUCUCAAGAUUUUGUGCUUAAAAAUCGUGUUUGUUUACAAAGCCAUCCUAUUUCAACAAUUCCACUUUUGUCCGAACAAGCUUCCUGUGUAGCUUGAAUGGAGAUUACGAUAUGGUAGGAUUGUCUUUAACACUUUAAUUUAAUGCAAUUAUUGAAGUAAAAUAAAAACAAUGCAAUUA